AUCUGUAGACAGCAUAUCAAGUCGGAACAUUCAUCCCCUCCGGAAUCACGCUCGCACAAUGGCUGUGUUUCAUUUCUCUGAUUCCUUUUGCCAUAGACGAAUUUCCGGGAAAAAUAAGGAAUUUUAGACCUUGUUUAAGGAAUUCUGGAAUCUUGUUUCAUCACAGAAUGUUUUGUUGCAAGAUUUAAAAUUUUGUUUUAAAAAGCUAAAUUUUAAUACUAUUAAUGGAAGCUGAAGUGAAGAGGAAACGCGGUUAUUCGUCGCUAAAUAUGCUAGGAAAGCGAGAAAUUGGACAACAGUUUUUAAAGCACGAUACCUUGACAUCAAAAUAUUAUAAACACUUAAAAAUGUCAUGGAACCAAGAUGAAGCACAUGGGGCCAUAUUUAAUCUAGAGUUUUCACCCAGUGGCAAAAUGCUAGUCGCUGCUUGUGAGGAACGUGCAAUUUUAUUGUAUGAUCCGAUAUCGAGGAAAUGUGUGCACAGAAUGCCGAAUGCGCAUGAAGAUUCUGUCAACACCAUUUGUUUUUGCGACGAAAGAAUAUUUGCAAGUGGAUCAGACGAUUGUAAUGUAGCAUUAUGGGAUACACGGAUGUUAGGGGAACAUAUAAUGGAACUAUCAGGGCAUACGGGAUGGGUGAAAAGUUUGGUUUACGAUACAAACACAAAAAUGUUGCUCAGUUCUGCGUUCGAUGGUACUGUUCGCAUGUGGGAUAUAAAUAGAUCCCCGUGUUCAGAACACGAUGCAAGUGUGACAAUGUACUCUGACAGAGAUGUGUCUCGUAUGCAGGUCACACUUAAUAAGCUAAUCAUAUCAUGUCAAAAUUGGGAGAAUAGUGGUGAUAUAAUUAUAAUUUUCCAUAAUCUCGACUUGCCACAUUUUGCAGACGAUCUGUCUGAUGGAGUCCCAGCGGAAAAUGAAAAUGAUGAAGUUCACAUUAGAAAUAUUCCAGAAAGACUUAGUAGCAAUUCAGAAUACAUCGAUAUUCCACUUCGUAUACCAUCAUUUGUAGUCCACCCGCAUGGCUCAUGUUUGGUGUCCAGAUAUUUGACCACAAAUAACGAUGAAUAUACAAUAGUUCAUGAUAUGCAAUCAUGCUUUUCAUGUGGUAAGGUUCCCAUGUUGAAUUAAUAUUAUAAUUAACUUAAUUAAUAUGACGCUUUAAGACAUUGAGUACAGGUGAAGUAAGAUGGACAAAUUUGGCCAAUGUUUUGUUUAUACCAAGAUAGAUAUUCACUCAUUUAGAUAUUCACUCACAUGCCUAGUUAUUAACGAACUAAGCAAGCAACGGUUUUUCAGCACGUGCAUCAGAUUGCCGGCAUGUCAGUUAUCUAAAGUUGUGAUUGGGUAGCAAUGAUGUCAACAGUUUAGCCAAUUUUUCUAUUACCAGCUAGCCAUAAGAUUUUACUCAUUAAGGGGAUAGUGCUGGCAUUCAAGAGCAUUUCGCUCUCAUUAACCUAUUGCUAACCUGUGAAUACUAGAUGUUUUGAAUGCAUUAAAUUUUUCAAUGUUUUGAUAUCAUAUUAUCAUACUGUACAGGUGAAAGAAGACUGAGCUACUACAUCCAAGAGUCGGUUUCUGGAUCAGGUUUUAUAAAAGAGCAAGGUUUUAGCCCUGAUGGUCGUGUCAUAGCAUCGCCAUUUGGACAUGGUACAAGGCUUCUGGCAUUUGACUCCGAUUGCUCUCAUUGGAGGAAACAUUCAAAAGUGAAAUCUCUGAGUGAAGUCAAGUUUCUGUUGGGCCAUUCGAUGCCUGUCUGUUGCAGCAAAUUCUCACCCAAUCACAUGUUGCUUGCCACUGGAUGUCUUGCAGGAAAAAUUGCAUUUCAUGAACCAAAACUAUAACUAUAGUAUACUGUAUAAGUUGUAUUGUAUACUGUAUAAACUAUAGAAAAAUUAAUAUUAUUAUUAACCAGCUGUGUACGAGGUUGAAUAUUUGCUGCAGAGCACAGUGAGGCAGCUUGCUAUUCUUGACAUUGAUAACAUUUCUCCAGACACUGAUAACAUUUCUUGCACAAUUUAUCUAUUGCUAUCAUGCUAUGUUCAGAGACUUGUGUGUAAUGGUUGACAGUUGGUUGUUUUGUGUUAUAGCUUGCACAAUAAAUUUCUUUGAGGAAACAUAAUAAAUUGAUGUUUGUGAUGUUACUCUGAGUGUGCAUCCACACCGGGCAAGCUGAAAAGUUUGCCUGACCACAGUUAGAAUCGAACCGCGACCUUUGGGGUACUAGUUCGAGUUGGUGAUAUAUCGCUGGUUCAAUUCCUACUGUGGUCAGACUGAGACAAACUUUUCAGCUUGCCUGCUGGUACAUAUUUUCAAACUCUUUUGUGGUCCUUACAUGAAGUACAAUCAUUUUUCAGUGAAC